AUGGAAGGAUAUGAUAACGGGUCGUUGUAUGCUUCUUUUUUGUCGCUCAAACCGCAUCAAAACCUUUCUAAAUCGGAGUUGAAUCAAGGUGAAGAAGAAGCCUCAAAGGUUAGAGAAGGUUCUUCGAAUAGCUUGGAGUCAAAAAAGAAAGGGAAGAAACAAAGGUUUGCGUUUCAGACAAGGAGCCAAGUGGAUAUUCUUGAUGAUGGUUAUCGAUGGAGGAAAUAUGGCCAAAAAGCUGUCAAGAACAACAAGUUCCCUAGGAGUUACUAUAGGUGUACAUAUGGAGGAUGCAACGUGAAGAAGCAAGUGCAACGAUUAACAACGGAUCAAGAAGUCGUCGUGACAACCUACGAAGGAGUGCAUUCGCAUCCCAUCGAGAAAUCGACUGAAAAUUUCGAGCAUAUUCUCACUCAAAUGCAAAUCUACUCUUCUUUUAAUUAG